CCUGAGGUGGAGCCGGCGCCCAUUGCAAAAAUUGAUACACGAAAUAGAAGAAGAGAUCCCAAUAUCAUCAGAGACUGAGAGAGUCAAGGAGCAACAAGAACAAGACCAGCGGCCUUGUCCUUACUUUGGGGACUGGGUUUCCCUCUGGCUAAGCCAUGAAUGAUAGAAGUUAUUUUGACUGGCUUUCCACCUAGAGAAUUUUAUAGAACUAUGGCUGGACCUAUUCCAAAACAAAUCAUCAAUUUUAUGAGAAAACUGUCUGCGUAUCCACGUUGUGUGUUCAAGCAAUUCAACCAUAAUUUUCUGUCUACUUCGCCGGAUCCUUCAAGCUCCAUAACCUUGUUGUGUAAUGAGCUCAAAACAUUUCCUUCAGGCAGUAAAAAUCUUCGCCAUCUUGACCAGUUGGGUAAGUUUGUGGUUCAGCUUCAAAAAGAUCCGGAGUGUGCUCGAGAGGUAUGGGACAACGGAGUAGUACCCACACUUGUUGAGCUGAGUAACUGUGGACAGAUGGAGAUGGAGGCCCAGGCCAGAAUGGCUCUCUCUCUCCUCGGGUAUGCUCCUCCAUACGCUGGUAGGGGGCUAAGGAUACUGUCCAUAGAUGGAGGAGGAACAAGGGGUCUUAUCCCUAUAGCCAUUCUCAAACACUUGGAGGAGGUUUGCCGUCUCCCAAUUCACCGAAUGUUUGACUAUGUGUGUGGAACCAGCACUGGGGCCCUCGUCGCUGCCCUCCUUUGUAUUAAGAAGGCUUCUAUAGUGGAAGUAGAGAGCAUGUACCACGAGAUGAGCACCAAGGUGUUCAAAAUGAACAAUUUGUUGGGAAUAUCUCAGCUUUUUCUCACACAUGCUUUCUACGAUGGCAAAUUGCUUCAGAGAAUCAUCAGGACCAACGAUGAGGCAGACAAUCUGAUGUAUGAGACCUCACGACUAAAAGACGUACCUAGACUCUCUGUGGUCUCCACCAUUGUCAACCGGCCAGUCAUUCAGCCUUUCCUCUUUACCAACUACCGUCAUCAUCCUAACAAUGCCGAGAAUGUCCACUACUUGUGUUCAAGUGAUGUAAUUGGAUGGGAGGCUCUCAUGGCCAGCACUGCUGCUCCAGGCUACUUUGAGGAGGUCCGAAUUGGUCCCUAUGUACACCAGGAUGGCGGUAUACUCACUAACAACCCAUGUGGCAUAGCGCUGCAUGAGGCACGUCUCCUAUGGGGCAAGUCUACCCCCAUUCAGUGCAUUGUCUCUCUGGGUACCGGGCUCUACACCAAGAGACCAGCUGGCAAAAAAGAGCCAAGCACUUCUCUGAAGGAGAAGCUCACCAAGAUUGUGGCCAGUGCUACUGACACAGAAGCUGUUCACACUAUUCUCAAAGAUGUGCUCCCAGCCUCUGCCUACUUUCGGUUCCAGCCUGAGCUCAGUGAGGACAUACUGAUUGAUGAGAGCAACCCUGACAAGUUGGAGCAACUGGUACGAGAUGCUGAGAGGUUCCUGAGAGCUAAUCCUAACCUUGUCCAACAAGUUUCAGAAAGUCUUACAGCCCCAAAGACCACCAUACAGAAAGCACAAGACUGGGCAGACACUUAUUGGAAUAAGCUGGCAAACAGAUAGGCUUAUUUUUGUGGUUUUGUCUUUUAUCACAUCUUUUCUAUCAUUACGUCAUUAAUUACUAAAAAGUCAUAAGGUCAAUAA